GCCAGACCGGAUCCUUCAUGAGGGAAGAGGGACAGCCAACCAACCCCGGCUUCUCUUCUCUUCACUCAUAUUAUUCUAUAUUGUAAACCAGGGAGCCCGAAGAGGGGGCUGCGCUAGUGUCCGUAGGAUGUCCCGUCAUGAAGGCGUGAGCUGCGAUGCAUGUUUAAAAGGCAACUUCAGAGGACGGCGAUACAAAUGUUUAAUCUGCUACGACUACGACCUGUGCGCAUCGUGCUACGAGAGCGGUGCGACCACAACCAGACACACCACAGAGCAUCCCAUGCAGUGUAUAUUAACCCGAGUUGACUUUGACCUGUACUACGGUGGAGAAGCGUUCUCAGUGGAGCAGCCCCAGGCCUUCACGUGUCCCUACUGUGGCAGAAUGGGCUACACGGAGAUCUCCCUGCAGGAGCACGUGGCUGCAGAGCAUACAGAGACCUCCACAGAAGUGAUCUGCCCCAUAUGUGCAGCGCUGCCAGGCGGCGACCCCAAUCACGUGACCGAUGACUUCGCUGCUCAUCUCACACUUGAACACAGAGCACCCAGAGACUUGGACGAGUCCAGUGGGGUGCGGCACGUGAGAAGGAUGUUUCACCCCGGGCGUGGGCUGGGGGGUCCACGUGCCCGCAGGUCCAACAUGCACUUCACCAGCAGCACCACAGGGGGGCUCUCCACCAGCCAGAGCUCCUCACAGAGCUCCAACUACAGCAGAGAGGCUAUGGACCCCAUAGCAGAGCUUCUGUCCCAGUUGUCGGGGGUGCGGCGUUCGGCGGGCGGACAGCUCAGCUCGGGCCCGUCAGCCUCCCAGCUCCAACAGCUCCAGAUGCAGCUCCAGUUGGAGCGCCAGCAGGCCCAGGCGGCGCGGCAGCAGCUGGAGACGGCCCGGAACGCCACCCGGGGCGGCGGCCGAGCCAACGCAAUCCUCAACUCCAAUUCAGCCGGCGCCAACCCCAACUCCAGCGCCAACCACAAUACCAACCCCAGUCCCAACCCGGGUCCGUCUGAAUCCAACACGCAGCAAAGUGCACAUAGCUCCCAGUUUCUACUCAGCAGGCUGAGCGAACCGCGGCUGUCGGAGGCGGAGCGGCAGGCGUGCGAGGCCCAGUGGGCCGAUAGGAGCCUGUUCGUGACGGAGCUGCUGCUGUCCACGCUGCUGCCCGACGAGGACGCCUCGGCCUCCUCGUCGGAGGACGAGGACGACUGUCACGGCCCGUUGCGGAACUUCGCCGACUUCGAGGCCAUGGGCUGCGUCGAGGUCAUGACCUUGGACGUGGCACUGGAGAACCUCAACCUCAAGGAGCUGACCCCGGCCACCAGGACGACGAAAACCACAGCUAAAGCGGCGCCGGCGAAGAAAGAGCCCCCCGCGGCGCCCCUUUGAUGUCAUGGCCCCUCCCUCCCCUCAAACCACCAUUGAUCGUGGCCGACUUGCUGAGUCGGCCCAACUGCCAAUGGGAUGACAAAAAAGACUGCAGUUCUUUUUGGCUUUGUUUUAUUAUUAUUAUUAUUAUUUUCUUUUCUCAGUGAUUGUCAUUUCAGCUCUGUUGCGCCCCACUCGACCCCCCCCCCAAUGUCUAUUACGUUGUGUACGUUGAAUAAAAGUAGUGAGACGAGAGAAUGUGAAAGUGGGUGUGUGAGAGAAAGGAGAAAAAAAAAAAAAACUAUAUAAAUAUAUUAUGGAAAUAAAAUCUAUAUGAAAGUUGAUAAUCGAUUCCACAUAACCCGCGUUUCCUCUAGCAGAGCGUAGUUAGCCGUUUUUAAAGAGACGAACACACACACUCACCCAGGGAGAGGAGGCAGACAGGAAGCUCUCCGGUAAAACCCGCUGCUGUGUAUUUAUAGUCGUUCAUUAAAGAAGUGCUUGGAUGCUUUUUACCACAACUUAAGCAUGAGCUUAAAUCACCACGUGCCCAUUUUUAACUGCACAGUCACGAGGAGGGGAGGUCUUUCUCUUUUUGUUGUUCGGACACCUGAGUAACUGUAAAUGAACGGUGCUGAGUGCCAUACCGCUGGCAAUGCUGCACCCCACACACACAGACUGAUGGCCGCGUGUGGUUACAUUUAUGUCCAGUCUCGACC